AUGAGCGUGUCCCCGAUGCUGCCCUCAGGGGCCGAAGAGGAGCUGGAGAUGAUCUGGCUUGGUCUGGCCAACAGCACAGGUGCUCCGCCCGAGAAGGAUCUGAAGGCUGCGGCCGGGACCGACCGCACGGGGUUAGCCGGCACCAUCGCCAUCCAGUGCGUGUAUGCAUUGGUAUGCCUGGUGGGCCUGGUGGGCAAUGCACUGGUCAUCUUUGUGAUCCUGCGCUAUGCCAAGAUGAAGACAGCCACAAAUAUCUAUCUGCUCAACCUAGCUGUGGCCGACGAGCUGUUCAUGCUCAGCGUGCCCUUCGUGGCCUCAUCAGCAGCGCUGCACCACUGGCCCUUCGGCUCCGUGCUGUGCCGGGCUGUGCUCAGCGUGGACGGCCUCAACAUGUUCACCAGCGUCUUCUGCCUGACCGUGCUCAGCGUGGACCGCUAUGUGGCCGUGGUGCACCCGCUGCGCGCAGCCACCUACAGGAGGCCCCGAGUGGCCAAGCUUGUCAACCUGGGGGUGUGGCUGGCCGCUCUGCUGGUCACGCUGCCCAUCGCCAUCUUCGCCGGCACCAGGCCGACCCGCGGCGGCCAAGCCGUGGCCUGCAACCUGCACUGGCCACACCGGGCCUGGUCGGCUGCCUUCGUGGUCUACACCUUCCUGCUGGGCUUCCUGCUGCCCGUGUUGGCCAUCGGCCUGUGCUACCUGCUGAUCGUGGGCAAGAUGCGCGCUGUGGCGCUGCGCGCAGGCUGGCAGCAGCGCCGACGCUCCGAGAAGAAGAUCACCAGGCUGGUGCUGAUGGUGGUGGCCGUCUUCGUGCUCUGCUGGAUGCCCUUCUACGUGGUGCAGCUGCUGAACCUUUUCGUCACCGGCCUGGAUGCCACUGUCAACCACGUGUCACUCAUCCUCAGCUAUGCCAACAGCUGCGCCAACCCCAUUCUCUAUGGCUUCCUCUCCGACAACUUCCGACGCUCCUUCCAGCGUGUGCUCUGCCUGCGUUGUUGUCUCGUAGAUGCUGUGGGUGGCGGUGGCGGGGGCGGUGCUGAAGAGGAGCCCCUGGACUAUUUUGCCACAGCAGCCCUCAAGAGCAGAGGUGGGGUGAGGUGCAUCUGCCCACCGCUGCCCUGCCCGCAAGAGCCUGCCGCACAGCCUCCACCGCUGCAACCACCAGAACCCGACCACAAGCCGAUGCCGUCCACCGGGACCACCACGUUCUAA